AACAACCUACCUUCAUAAACCACACAAAAAAAUCUUAUAACAUAAGCUCAAAAACCCCCCUUAGCUCCAUUAUCAUCACUUUUAUAUUCAAGAAUAUUAUUUACUACUAGUAGUCCUAAGAAAAAAGGUUAUUUGAAUGGCAAUUACAAGUUCAAUUGCAACAACUUCAUUUUCUUCAUGUGUUAGUGGUGAAGAUUAUGGUAAGUUUAUGAGGAAAGUGCAACCAUUAAUGAAUGUUAAAUUUGGAAAGGCAGUGAGAUCAAGGAUAAUGAUGGGUAAUGUUAAUGAUGGAAAAGGAUUAUUUGCACCAAUUGUUGUUAUCACUAGGAAUAUUGUUGGCAAAAAAAGAUUCAAUCAACUUAGGGGCAAAGCUAUUGCUUUACACUCUCAGGUAAUCACAGAGUUUUGCAAGUCAAUAGGAGCAGAUCAGAAGCAAAGGCAAGGAUUAAUUCGAUUGGCAAAGAAGAAUGGUGAAAAACUUGGAUUUCUUGCUUGAUGGAUGGCACAAAAUUAAUCAUUAUUGCCAAUGUGUUAUGAUCAAAUAGCUAUAGCCUCUUUUGUGUAAUUGAGACAAAUCAAUCAGAUACAACUUUAAUUUUAUGUAUUAUUCAAACAUA